CCAUUCCAGACACCCUUCCGCCGAAGAACCUGCAACGAAACCCGCCUCUCGUUACGUCCCAAUUGCCGGCGUCUCCUACGUUGCGAUUAUAUAGCGAACAACGUCAAUCAUGACGUGGAUAUCCAACACCAUCACCGUCUUUGGCGGCCUUCUUCUCGCCCAUGCAUGCUAUUCGGCCCAAGAGCACGCAGCACUGCAAUCCUUUAGGGCGGCGGCCACGAGCACACUCACCUCGUCUACUCCGGUCGCAUCGUCACUUCCCGUGGAUAUUGCCAUCGAGACCAUUGCCGCAACCCUAGUUAUUGUGCUUGGUCUGGUCCUGGGAACGCGCCCGCUGCGGCCGAUUCAAUGGCGCGUCUGGGCCGGCAAGAUUGAGCGGGAAGGGGAGGAGGGCUUCUUGGGCAACAACGGAGAGGUGGAAAAGGACUACAUGGGCAACCCCUUCACCUAUCUGGAAUCCCGGCCCAGCUUUGUCGACAUCCGCAGGCAGCGAAAAGAGUUUGCUGAAUGGAUCAAGAACGGUGGCGGCGGUACCGGAAAGAAGUGAAGAAUCCACGAGACGGGGUUGAAUCGGAGCCUCGCGACCUAUGUUGAGUUGAUGCUAUUAAUCUAGGCCAUGGGGUACAUGCACGGAUAAGUUGUGAUCGAUUCAAACUGAAGAGCAUAUUGUC